CGGAGAUAUACAAACAUGCCUGAUAGCGCUAUCACCUUCUUGGCAAGUCUCCCACCUUUUUGUGACUGACUGCCAGCAUUUUCUCGUAUGCGGGGCAUUGGAGAACCCCUCACCAACAUCAUUGGUCAUUCAUUGGCCACGACGUCCCGAGAUGGACAGAGAGAUAAUGGGAAGCUGCAUCUUGUGUUCGGGUCCUUUAAAGGGCCAAUUCCCCUUCCUUGCCUCCACUGUCCCCAUCCCCAAACCAGUCGAAGUUCUCAUACACCAAGAUGCUUCCUCAAAGCUUGCUCUUGGCCUCUGGUCUAGUCCUGCCCGCAGUAGGUGAGACCGUUCUCGGCGUCACCGUCUUCACUCGCCAUGGCGACCGAACCUCCAAGCAUUACCCAGGCUACAGCUUGACUCCUCUUGGCGUACAGCAAAACUUCCGAGUCGGAGGCGAUUAUCGGAAGAGAUACAUUGCCUCCAACUCUCCCACGCAGAUCCUCGGUAUCUCAGAAAACAAGGUCGUCAAUUCCCAACUCUUUGCUAGUGCUCCUGACCAAUCCGUCCUCCUGAACACUGCAACUGCAUUCCUCCAAGGGCUGUAUCCACCACUCGAAGAAUUGGACUCCGACAUCGCUUCUCAGACCAUCAACAAUGGCUCGUCCUACGCCAACCCGCUGAAUGGCUACCAGUAUGUGACGCUCCAUGGCGAGGAGUCGGACUCGCCCGACACCGUCUGGCUGAAAGGCGACGAGGGCUGCCCUGCCGCGACUGCCUCCAUGGAGAGGUUUGAGGAGAGCGCUCAAUUCAAAGAGAAGGAGCAGUCGACAAAGUCCUUCUACCAGUCGUUCGCGGAUGCUCUUUCUGGUGUUUACGACUACAAGCCUUCGGAUUUGAGCUAUAAGAAGGCCUUUGACAUCUUCGACUUGCUCAAUGUGGCCUCGAUUCACAAUGCUUCUAUUCCUGGCAACGUUACUGCGGAAGAACUCUUCCAACUGAGGACCCUCGCCGACAGUGCCGAGUUUGCGUCCAACUUCGAUAGCAGCGAUGCAGCACGCUCCAUUGGCGGGAAGACAUUCGCCGGUGCCGUUCUCAGGCAGCUGAACCAGACCGUCUCUUCCAAGGGAAAACUCAAGUUCUCCUUCUUUGCUGGAAGCUAUGACACUUUCCUCGCCUUCUUCGGCAUCUCUAAACUCGCCUCCGUGUCGGACGACUUUCACGGAUUGCCUAUUUAUGCUUCGACGAUGAGCUUCGAGCUAUUCACUCCACAGACUGUCAGCGAGUUCCCUUCAAACACUGACGACCUACGAGUGCGGUUCCUGUUCCGCAACGGCUCGGACGGAGCGGUCCCUCUUCGUGCGUUUCCACUUUUCGGACGCUCAGAGGAAUCGCUAAGCUGGGCGGAAUUCGUCUCUUUCAUGAAGGAUAUUGCCAUCACGAGCGCCGAACAGUGGUGCAAUACCUGCCAGAGCGAGCUACUUUUCUGCAACGCGUAUAAAGCCGCCGGUACUUCUGCAUCAUCACCGGGCCAGAAGUCUAUGUCCAAUGCAGUCGCGGGUGUCAUCGGGGCUAUGGUCACAUUGGGAGUCGUCUCCCUCCUGGGUGCUAUGGCUUUCAUCUUGGUACGACGUCGGCAAGCUGCUCGGAGAGAGCCGGCAGUGAUCCGUCGGGUGAGUGUAAAUGAGAAAGGAAGCGUGUACAGCGAUAGCGCAAGCGAAAGUGCAUAGAGUUAUAACGACUGGCUUGGCGUACAUAUACGUCGUAACCUGCUGAGCAAGGUGGAGGAAGGUCGGAUAGGGCCUCAAUUCUCUCUGCACUGAGGGCGCAUUACCGGUUCAUCGGAAAGGAGAGGGAACGUUGCCAUUGCAGACGACAGUACCACGGUAUGGUGGGAAGGAGGACGAAAUGAAGCAUUCAAAUAUGGCAAUGAGCGGAUGCAACCCACAUUCUCCUUGGUGCAGAUCUCCAAUUGUAACGCGCAAGCGGCUCCCAAAUCCCUCCCAGCAAGCUUGAGCCGUUGAUCACUUACGCAAGGCACCCAGAUUCUAGAAGCCCUCGUGGCGUUCUCCCAAGUCCGGCCUCGCAAUCUGCACCGGCCCGUGUCCACCAGCCCUAUCUCCCUCCACG